AUGUCUGUCCACGGCAUCGUUCAAAACGUGAAGUGGCCUGAGCUCGUGCUGACGCCGAAGGAUGGCGGGCUCGUCGGCGAGAAAUAUGGCGGUACCGCGACUCAGAGGUGGAUCGGGAAGUACAAAUGGGACCCAAAGACGCAAGGGUAUCUGGGGACGGUCAAGAACGAUGGCAGUGGCGAUUACUUGGCAUGGAACACGGACACGAAGGCCGUCAUGAGCCCCAAGGAGCACUGGUGGCAAGUAGUCUUCCAAGGCGGUCAUGUCGGAUUCCAAGUCCCCCAUACUGCGCAGAGCCCUGCAGCUUUCCGUACUUUGCAACUCGAAGCUGAUAAAUCGGUCAUCCUCAAGAACCAGGAAGGGACUCUCAUCGAUGCACAGCUGUGGGAUAUCUUGGAAGGAUGA